UUUUCUGUGUCUGCAUUUACUUAAGUUGCCCAUUAGAUGGCAGCAUUGCGUUAUAUAUUUUCAAAUAAAUCACUAAAUUCAGCAUUUACCUCGUUUUAAGAAGGUUUUGUUCAAACAAAGCGAAAGCAAUAACCUCCAAAAGCGACAAUAUACAUCUUGUUUUUAAUCUCUGCUGAAUGUCACCGUUAGCACAAUUCGACCAGCUAAAAAAAAAAAAAGUUUGAAAAGAAGCUGCCCCUCCAUCCUCAUCCUCCUCUUCAAGCGCGACCCCGAGCCCCAAUCGUGCGCUCGUUCGAGCUCGCUCCCGAGCUUCUCAGAGCGCACAACGCGCGCGGGAAUGGCUGCGGCACGAGACCGGGAUUUAAUGCAAUAAUUCAACGUUUCCCGUCCAAUUCCCACGGUCAGCGGUUCGGAGGAAGUAUUCGGAGAUCUUCCCGUGUCCCUUCCAGCACUUUUGCUUGAGCACCCCGUCUCUCUAAUGUCUGAAUCCAUGGCUUUUGUUUGAGAAGACAAGACAGCGGAGAGUAACCGGGAAAGAAACACCCAAAUUGUCCGACCGUCUCUCUCUCUCUCGGAAAGUGAUUUAUUCGUCUCGUCGACCGCUGAAGGAUGUCGUCCGCACGGGUAGAUUAUAUCGCUCCUUGGUGGACUUACUGGCUCCAUCAGUUUCCUCACGUGAAUCUGAGGUUUCAGCCGUUGGAUCACACCUUUAAACCGCAAGAUGAAAACUACCAGCAGUCUCUGAUCUUCCUGGGCUGUGUAGCAGCAGCUGGGCUCGGCGUGAACCUGCUGUGUCUGGCCAUCUACCUGAGCUUUCUGUGCUGCUGUCGGAAGGAUGAGGAGGAAGAGGAAAGUAAGAAAUCCAACUCUUGCUGUGUCACUUGGGCUGCUGUUGCUGCCGGACUCAUCUGCUGUGUUGCAGUGGGAGUUGGUUUCUAUGGAAACAGUGAAACCAACGAUGGGGUGUACCAGCUGACCUAUUCUCUCUAUAAUGCCAAUCACACGCUGGCGGGAGUGGACAGUUUGGUCACUGGUACUGUGGGAGGCAUGCAGAGCGGCUUGAAUGAACACUUGUCUCGACUGGGCGAGAUCUUUGCUGCACGAGGAGAUUUCGUACAGACACUGCAGUUCAUGCAACAGAUGUCAGAAAACAUCAUUAAGCAGCUACUUGGGCUUCCCGACUGGGAAAAGGCAAAAGUAGACCUGGCCGCCAUAGCUGAUCAGACAGCAUAUGUGGAGUAUUACAGGUGGUUGACAUACCUCCUGAUACUGAUCUUGGAUCUGGUCAUCUGUCUUGCUGCUUGUCUGGGUCUGGCUAAACAAUCCCGCUGGCUGCUCACUACGAUGAUGGUCUGCGGUGUUCUGACUCUGAUAUUGAGUUGGGCGUCUCUCGGAGCUGAUGUGGCCACUGCAGUGGGCACAAGUGAUUUUUGUGUCGCACCAGACAAAUUUCUGAUGAAUCAAACAAAAGAUGUGAUCAGCUCAGAUAUUGUGCAUUAUUACCUGUACUGCAGCCAGACGCUCCCCAACCCGUUUCAGCAGUUUGUUUUGCAGUCGCUGACUGUCUUCCAGAGAUCGCUGACCACCAUGCAGAUCCAGAUCCAAGGUCUCCUGCAGUUUGCGGUGCCUCUGUUCCCCACAGCUGAGAGGGAUUUAUUGAGUAUUCAGCAUUUAUUGAAUAAUUCAGAGGCCAGUUUGCAUCAGCUUACUGCACUUUUAGACUGCCGGGGACUCAAUAAGGACUACCUGGAUGCUCUGAUAGGUGUGUGUUAUGACGGCGUGGAGGGGUUACUGUAUCUCUGUCUGUUCUCUCUUCUGGCGGCCUGUGCCUUCUCCGUCAUGCUGUGUGCCAUCCCGAGAGCGUGGCGACAGAUUGCCAACAGAGAUAGAGACUAUGAUGACAUUGACGACGGGGACCCGUUUAACCCUCAGAGCCGGCGAAUGGCGUCGCACCAUUCACAGCAGGCCAACAUGCACAGCUUCUGCAGCUACAGCAGCAGCAUGGGCAGCCAGACCAGCCUGCACCCUCCAACACAGGCUGUGACCAACGCACCCCUGUCAGAAUACAUGAACCAGUCCGCGCUGUUUGGAGGAAACCCGCGCUAUGAGAACGUGCCUCUGAUCGGGAGGGGAUCUCCUCCUCCUUCGCUUUACUCUCAGCCAUAUAGAAACCGCUACUCUCCAACCAUGAGAGCCACCUACCUCUCCAUGACCGAAGACCAGAUCAGACACUUUGGGGAGGAUUUCCGAGCGUAGAACUGGUGUGAGUCUUCACACACCGGAAAUAAGGACACGUGGAAAGCUCUCACGCCAGCAUGCGCUCAUGCCCAUCUUAAAGGAGCACAGUCUGAAAGGAGAACGUCAUUUUAAGAGCACUCGGUGUGUGUCUGUGCGGGUGCUGGCAUGCAUGCGUGUGUUUGUCAAUCAUUCUGAUGGUGCGACGCUUCUUUUCCCUCACUAUUGACAUUUUUUGUGAGGUGCUGAAAUAUCCAAUAAUCUGUACGUUUACACCAUAUUUUUCAUUGGAUAGACUGUUGGUCUUCCCUAUUGCCUUUUCAACUGCAGAAACUGUUCGAUGUGGGUAACAAAUGCUAUUUUGGACCCACUUUAUAUUAAGUGUCUUUAACUACUAUGUGCUAACAUAAAUCUGCAUUUUAUUUUCUUGCAUCUUUUCCAUAAAUUACACUGUUAACAUUUAAAAUUAACCGCACCGUGAAACCUGUCCCUCACCUUAUUACCAUAAAGUCUUCUACAAUACAAAUUGAACACAAACACUACAUUGUACGUAAGUGUUCAUAACAACAAUCAGUUAUACAUAGUUACAUGCAAGUAACCCUAAGACCAUAUAGUAAGUGCAUGUAGUAAAAUAAUAUUACUUAGUAUCUAAAUGUAACAAUGACCAACUUACAUAGAAAGUGUGUAUAUAUAUAUAUAUAUAUAUAUAUAUAUAUGUAUAUAUAUAAACUCUCGCACUAACAAUUUCUUUUCAUGGUAGUUAAAGACAACUAAUAUGAAUAUAGUGGGACCACUAUUUUUAGACAUAGAAAUUUCUCAUUUUUUCUUACCGGAGUGCAUAACCUUAUAAAGGUUACCCAUUUGCCAUUUCAAAGAUUGUGUACAUAUAAGUGUGGACACUGGUUGAAGUAUUAAUAUUCUGUCCAUUGGACGUUUAGUCCUACACGGUGUACAGCAGCGCUAGCAUCAUCAUAGUAGGUUUGCUAGGUACUUUUCUAAGCAGUUGCUCAUGAAAAGGUGUUAACAUUUUUAGCUACUGUGCAGUGUGGACUUCAUGGACAUGUCAUCACUUUUUAUGAUGGCGAACUGUACAGAUACUAAUGCAUCUUCUUAUUUUGAAGUGAAGCCUCGUUUGUUUUGUAAAUGUGUUUUGUGCCAAGAAUGGAAGCAUGUUUUGUGCCUCUAAACCCUUUGUUUUCAUUCCCUUUCAUUUUUUUUUUUUUUUGGUGAGCAACCGCUGGUGUGUAUCUAUGGCAGCAGGGAAUAAAAGCUUUUCUGUUUUAUGCAUGUAGAGGCAUUUUAAGCACAACAAAAUCAAAACUUGUUCCACAAGUGAUGUUUCUGACAUCCAGAGAGAAGUUUACCUCAUUUCCAGCAGGCACAGGAGGAGUCGUUUUACUUCAAAUUAAAAUCUUCUCGUAUCAACUCUGAGCCAAUUUCUUCCCGUGAUGCAAACGCAUAUGCUUUGUAUUAACCUGGUGACCAGAUGUAAAUAACAUGUAUGAUAACCAUUGUGUGAUUAUUUGUAUUCCUUUCUUUGCUCCAUUCUUGUGUGCCAUUUUCGGUAUGUUGUUUGAUAAAAUCGGCUACUUGGACAAA